CCCGUACAGACAUCCUCCAUCCUGUCUCUCUUCAGAAUCGCAUGGGCCUGGCCUCUCGAUUCCGCACACUAAUGAAGCAUGGCUCGAGAAUGGGGACUCCCGAGGGCCAAGUGGCCAAUAAACGUCACCCCUGGCGCUGCAGAGCGGUGAAUUCACCACUCAGGUGGCGGGGAUGAGUGCCAUUUGGAAAGAUGCUUGCGCAACGAUACGUCCGUCCCAUUCCGUCGUGUUCUUCUGGAGAACCAGGUAAAAAAACCGCGCUUGCCAAAUCUCCGCUGGCGAUUCAAUCGGUUCUGGAUCGCUGUCUCACCUGCUCUUAGCAGUUGCCAUUCCUCCAUAACCCGUCUCCUAAUUAUGCCCUAAAACCGUCACAUCCACGUACAGCUCAAGUGCUCACCUGCAAUGGCGGAUUCUUCCCGUCAGUGGAUCCUGCUCCUCUCCCUCACCGCCCUUUUACUCUCGAUUGCCGUGCUCGCCCAGAUCGCGAGCCGGUACACGAAUGCAUAUCUGGCCGCGCCCGGCGAGGUGACGGUCUUUGUCGACGCCGUUGACAGCUCCAUCGCCGAGAACGAGUCGUACGACCGUGAUAUUGCCAAAGUCCAGCGUCUCGAGGACAAGCUCCGCCUCGGCCGGCUCCUCCGCGACAUCCAGAGCGGCGGAGAUGCCCUGCGGGAAGUUCUGAAUUGCUUGUUGGCCGGCGAGAAUGAUACGCGCUUGCGCACCAGCGCCCGCAUCUUUUGGGCCGCAAAGCGCACCGACCUCGAGGAUAAAAUUCGCCGUCUCGACCUCUUGAGGAUGCGCUUCCUCGUAGUGCACAUGAGCAUUAUCGCCGGCGUGGCCACCGAGGCCGCGACAAAGCAGGAGGCCACGACGAGAGACCCCGAGAAACCCGCCCACGUCUUCUCUACGCCACGCCACGGCGCAUUCCCCCGGACACUCUCGGACAGCGUAAAGGCCAGGCCCCCGCUACGGCGGUUGACGACACAAGCCAUCGGACACCAGGACAGAGUCGAAGGAGGCCAUCGACGGGGCUGGGCUGGUGUUGUACAGGAGUUGCAAAAGAGUCCUCUUCUGCGCGAGAGACACGCGAGUAUCGAAAUGGCCAUGUCACAAAGGCCGUGAGAAGCCGCGCAUAAUAUUCCCGAACUCUUCUCGUACGCUUGACGUGCCAGUCCCUCGGGUUUCGAAGCGAUAAUGGUCGACCGCCAUGAAUAAUCUACGAACGCAAUGCCAGAUCCCGUAUGCGAAACAGCCAGUAUCUUGACGCUACCACGAAAAUAUAUUCACGCCACGAUUUAACGAGCAGAUCACCUCAUAGACUUAACGAUAUGCGCCUGGGCGGGUAAGACAUUCCGGAGUGUGGGCGAGCGAUUUUCUUUCUUAAGUUUUCUUUUUGCAUUUAUUCAGCAUCUUGUCCCCUGAUUGGAGUUUAGAGGUCACUUCACAUGAGAUACCCCCGUUCCA